GGAGCGUAAACCGAAUAAGACCCGACCACCCACUUUAUAAUUAAUUUGACUCAUCUCUCUGGUCAAAUGGGAAAUUGCGUAAGAAGCAACCUAAGAGAUUUCAGAGGAAGACGAUCGAUGGAUCCUCGGAUAUGGCACAAAGUCGCCGCCGUUUCUGGCAUGGCUGCUCUUGGUUUAGGAACUUACGGUGCUCAUGUCUUUAAGCCAGAAAACCCUUCUUACAAACAGGUGUGGCAAACGGCUUCUCUUUACCAUUUGGUUCACACUGCAGCUCUUGUUUCUGCUCCUAGCACUAAAUAUCCCAACAUUUUUGGUGGCUUGUUGACUACUGGGAUUGUGGCCUUUUCCGGCACGUGUUACAUGGUAGCAUUGCGCGAGGACAGGAAGUUUUCUACCCUGGCACCAUUCGGAGGCUUUGCGUUCAUUGCUGCAUGGGCAACUCUACUUUUCUAAAGAAUUUCAAAUCAUCUUUACUACUAUCAAUUUGUGGUCAUUUAUGAACUCAAUGUUUUCUCCUCAAAGAUUGCUUAAUAUUUAAUGAACAGAUUAUGUUAGCUAGCUUGUUGAAUUUGUUGCUGGAAAUAUUUAAUGACCAGAUCAUAAUGCAUUGCAUUUUAUUUAUCAA